AUGAGUUUGUCGGUGGCCGCACAUGGAAUUUUGAAGACCCAUUUGACAUGGGAUGAAGUGGAGCACGAACUUCAGAAGGCAUUCAAUACCAAGGCUCAUUUUGGUCCUAAUAAGUCUGCAACUAGUAUUAGUGAUUUCAAGGGUUUUAUGUCGAAAAUCGCCUUGAUCGAACCUGAUUGGCAGAAUGUGGCAACCGAUGAAAAUCUUCCAGAGAAAUUCAUUGUCAAGAUUUCGUCUCAGCUUGCUUUCGUUGAAUUGAGAAAUGUGAUGAAAAUGGGCACUGACGAGCAAUUCGAGAAAAAGAUUAAACAAUUGACAGAGGUUACGAGAAAGUUCCACAAUCAUGAAGUUGAAUCCUAUCGGUUGCUUGAAAAGUAUGCCGGGGGAGAAAUUGCGAUAACAAAAAUUUUUGCAACAAGAAAAUUUGAUAGUGAGAAUCAACUCAAAGGAUUUAUCAUCUCGGAAUAUAUUCCUGAUACUCAACACAUUCCACUGUACGAAUCAAUUUCAUAUGAAGACAUUCAGCCAAUUGUCAAAGCGGCUGCUUUAUUUUCAGCGGUUGGCGAGAAUAUGCUGGAAGACGAACUGGAAUAUACGAAAGACCACAAUAUGGCUUCGAUUAUCGGCAAAUUUCUUGACGAGGAGAAUCUGAAUAAUGUUGUAAGUCUUCUCAAAGAGAAAUUCCCAACUGAGCAUGAGGACAAAAUUGAUGAGUAUUUUGAUAUUAUCAAAAGGUUUUACGCGGAGCCCGAAUUUUUGAUGAAAUAUGCGAAAAUGCAUACAUUCCUGAGACAUAAGCCCGUUUUGAUUCAUUGCGAUUUGUGGAGCUCAAAUCUGUUGUGCACAAAAUCCGACGAUCAUCACGUUAAGCUUAAAGCUAUAAUUGAUUUUCAGACGGUGUCCACCGGAUCACCAGGAAUUGAUUUGGGCCGAUUAUUCACAUCGAGUUUGACGGCAAAAGAUCGCAGAGAGCAUCUCGACGAUCUCCUUCAUCUCUACUAUUCCACAUUUAUAGGCAAAUUGGCGGGAAAGCCACAACCGUAUAAUUUUACUCAGGCAAAUAGUCAGCGAAAAGGAAAAUAUAAAAAAUUAUUUUUGCAGCUCAAAAUAUCAUAUAACAUCGCGUUUCCACUUUUGACGCUUCUGGUGAUUCCAGCAAUGACGCCACUUCUUGAACAAGCAAAUGUUCCAGAAAACCUGCGUGAAACGAUGCGAGAAGCUGCAAUUGAAAAAAUGGUGGGACUGUUGGAAGAUGCCAUCGAAACACACAAACGAAAUGUGGAAGAGAUUCCAGAAUUCUAUAAUUAA